AUGACAGAAACAAAAAUGCAGCUGGAGGAUUGGCUAGAUGACUUGUGCGUCCGCUUUAUUAUAAACCUGCCUCGUGAAGAAUUGGAAUCAGUUGAGCGUAUAUGUUUCCAAGUCGAGGAGGCACAAUGGUUCUACGAAGAUUUCAUCCGGCCGUUGGAUCCGGGCCUUCCUUCGCUAUCGCUGAAGGCUUUUGCUCUGCGGAUUUUCCAGCAUUGCCCGCUCAUGGCCAGCUGGUCCAAAUACCAUCACAUGACCGCAUUUUCUGAGUUUCUUGCCUACAAGACUCGAGUUCCUGUUCGUGGUGCCAUUAUGUUAAACCAAGAAAUGGAUGAAGUCGUCCUGGUCAAGGGUUGGAAGAAGGGUGCGAAUUGGAGUUUUCCCCGAGGAAAAAUCAAUAAAGACGAGAAGGAUCUUGAUUGUGCCAUUCGUGAAGUAUACGAGGAAACUGGCUACGACAUUCGGGAAGCAGGACUGGUCCCUGGCGAUGAGAACGUUAAGUUUAUUGAGAUCACCAUGCGUGAACAGCACAUGAGGCUAUAUGUUUUCCGCGGCGUGCUGCAUGACGCUUACUUUGAGCCCCGGACAAGGAAGGAGAUCAGUAAGAUCGAAUGGUGGAAGUUGUCGGAUCUGCCGACUUUGAAGAAGAGCAAGCAAUACGAUCAAGGGCAGGCAGCUGCCAAUGCGAACAAAUUCUACAUGGUUGCGCCUUUCCUACAUCCGCUCAAGAAAUGGAUUGCGCAGCAGAAGAAGCUCGAUCCUAAAACGCAUCUGGAUGCAGGCCAAGCUCUUAAUGAUGGCGAGUUCUCAAUGGACGAAGGUCUCCAGGCCACCAAUGUCGGUCACCUGCCGAACAAAGUGCCUCUGGAAGCAGCCGUUCCUAGUGACUUGCCUGAAGUGGCAUCAUCUCAAGAUGCAUCUGCGCACCUUAAGCGCCUCCUCAACAUCAACGCUAGUCUUCCUGCGCCAGCGCCAGUCCAAGAAUUAUUCAAUGCCGAUCAGAGUUCGUCCAAGUCGCAUGCUCUUCUGGAAUUACUGCGGAGCGGUUCUUCAGGUAAUCCUCUCUCCCAACCGCACAUGGAUCGACCUGGACCACACCCGCCGUCGGGAUUCUUUCCCGGUUUUCCUCAGCAGUAUGUCGGGCCCAUGGGAGAUGUGCCUCGUUUUCCACCGCCAUACCGUGAUCCUUCUCAGGUCCCGUUCUCCUCGGCAAAUCAACAUCCACCGCAUAUUCCGCCAGCGUUCUCAGCAGCUCCCCCAUCAGGUAUCCUCGCUGGCUACCCAGGCGCGUUCGAUCCAUCUCAACGCCGUCCCGCUCCGCAAAGGCCACCGCUACCACCAGGAUUCCAUCCUAUCCCUGGGCAGGGUCCUGCUCCAGCUCCGUACCAGCGGACGGGAGAUCCUCAAUUCUCGCAUUCAGCGCAACCUCCACAGAUUUACGGCGCAGCCAUACCACCUGCUAGCAAUCUACCUCCGCCGAAGCUUACAAGUCAUUCUUUGGCGUUAUUGAACGUAUUUAGAGACGAGAAGAAACAGCCCCCGCAAACCGCUACUGCGAACUUGGGAGCGCAACCUGAGGCGCCACAGAAGAAUGAGCGCAAAGCUUCCCACCAUCAGGAUCAGCUGCUUAGCUUGUUGAAGGGAUCUCCAGGGCCAGCUACUUCGCGACCCGCUGAGCUAUCAGCGCAUCCUGCAUCCCCGGGUAGGAAACAGAUCCUCCAGCGUCCGAACGCGGGUUCAAGCACUAACCAACAAGCAACCAAAGGCGCUUGGACAUCCGCCACGGUAUCCGGGCCACUCAAUACGCCACAAUUUGAGGCAAUCCCUAAGUCAUCGACUAGGAAGAAGAAUGACUCGAGGCGUCAAGGUAGCCGAGACCGGCAGACGCAGCCUCUGGCUUCACCCAUUACCAUCUUGCCCAGGCCACAAAGUGCCAAGAGGGAGCAAACUCCUAGCCCAAGACAGAUGCCUCCUGCUCAGACCUCUCGUCCUCGGCCUGUGAAGGCAAAGUCUCCGGAGCCAGCGAAGACGUUCCAGCCGCAGAUACUGCGUCGCUCUGAUAAAGCGGCUAUGGAGGAGGACAUACUACCCAUCCGGACUAAGGAUAGGGAAGAGCCCCAGGCUACCGCCGGUCUUUCUGGGUCUCCUCAUGUUCCUAUUCCACAACCAGAUACUUACCGACGGCCAAGCCAAACGCCCGCCCAAAGAGAGGCCCUGCUCUCCCUCUUCAGCAAAUCUGCUCCUUCCCCGAAAGGCCCACCUGCAGAGCAGCUGAACUUGCAGACCUCUGUCUCCAAACAUUCUACUACACCCUCUGUUGUGAGCCCUCUGACACCACAUCACCACCCAGCUGGCAAUGGAGUGCCCAGUGACCAGGGAUCCAGCAUUGACCGAGUUGCGUCCCCUGCCAACAAAGCAUUUUUACUUGGAUUUUUGGAAGGGGUCGCUAAAGGAAGUAAAUAA